UAAAAGAAAACAAUGGCAGGAAGAGGAAAGGCAAUUGGAGCAGGAGCUAAAAAGAUGGGCCAAUCAAGAAGCCACAAGGCUGGUCUCCAGUUCCCUGUAGGCCGUAUUGCUCGUUUCUUGAAAGCUGGAAAGUACGCUGAUCGCGUUGGUGCUGGUGCCCCUGUUUACCUCGCCGCCGUCCUUGAAUACCUCCCCGCUGAGGUCUUGGAAUUGGCUGGUAACGCUGCGAGAGACAAUAAGAAGGCAAGAAUUGUUCCAAGGCAUAUUCAGUUAGCAGUUAGGAACGAUGAGGAACUUAGCAAGUUGCUUGGAACAGUUGCAAUUGCUAACGGCUGUGUUUUGCCUAAUAUUCACAACACCUUGUUGCCUAAAAGGGCUGGUGCUGGCUCCAAGGGUGGCCCUGCUGAUGAUGAUAUUUAGGCUUAUUUUUAUAUCAAUUUGUGAAAUAUCAGUAAUUUUCUUUCUGGGUUUUUUUAGUUUCUGCGAUUUUUUGCAUUUUGUUGGAGGUAGUUUUGUGAAGAUUGGCAGUGGCUUUAAUUGAUGUUGUAAAUCAAUUACUU